AUGGUCAGCUGGACAAGUACACCCAGUAUGGACUCCAAUGAUAUACAUUUUGUGCGUCUUUCAGACGGUAUUAUAUCUGUUCAACCCUUGAUUGAAGUAUCUCUCCGUGAUACAGUCGACAUGCCAAUAGAAAUACUUAUCGACAUCCGAAAACAGCAAUGGGCAUUAUAUUGGCACAGGAGCAAAAAGCAGCUUAAUAUUGAAAAAAGCAAAACAAAACUUAGACGGUGCACAUCCACACAUCAAAGAGAAAAAUCUGAGACGGUAGACAAUAUGGAAUGGGGGAUAUUUGAUAAUGGAUAUGAGACCUUACCGUUCAGAAUCUCUUGCGGUAUUGCAGCUAUCUUACACACGCAGACGCUCCUAGAGGAUAAUACAGUAGCAGCUAUUGCAUCUGAUGGAUCAAUACGGAACAUAGUGAAUUUGCCGUGCCUAUUAGUAAAGUCACGUAAUGGCUAUUUAAGGACUGCUGCUCUACCGCAUUGA